AUGGAACUACCAACCGUAACCAGCGGCUGGGAGCUCCACGGCACCAGCCGCGGCGGCGAUGGCAGCGGGGCGCUGGUAUGGAACGACGCCCUGCCGUUACCGGCCCUGGGGCCCACAGACGUCCUAGUACGCCUGCACGCGUGGGCAAUCAACUACCCAGACAUCUCGAUCGCAAACGGCACCUUCCCCUGGUCGUAUCCUGAGGAGGGGGAGACCAAGGUCCCCGGGACAGACGGGGCCGGCGAAGUGAUCGCAGUGGGCUCACACGUGCAGGACCUCCAGCUCCACGACCGGGUCGUGGUGGUGUAUUACCCCAAGUUCCUGCACGGGGCUGCACCGACACUCGAACAGAUGCAGCAAGACCUAGGCACCUUCCGGCGCCACGCUGUCCUCCCUGCCCAAGCCCUAAUCCGCAUGCCCGCCAACCUCACCUACGCCGAGGCCGCCACCCUACCUUGCUCGGCGCUAACCGCGUGGAACGCGCUGCAUGGUCUUACCCCGCUCAAGGCAGGGGACGCAGUCCUCACGCAGGGCACGGGCGGUGUCGCGCUCUUCGCCGUCCGCUUCGCCCUCGCCGCCGGCGCGACUGUUAUCGCCACCACCUCGUCGAGUGAAAAGGCGGACCGUCUGCGGGAGAUGGGCGUGCAGCAUGCUCUCAACUACCGCGAGGAGCCGGACUGGGGCGAGAGUGCGCGGCGACUGACGCGUGAGGGACUGGGGUGCGCGCGGGUCAUCGAGGUCGUGCGUCGCCCGCGGCGGCGAGAUCGCGAGAUCGAUGUCAUCGGGUUUCUCGGGGGCCAGGAUGGGGAUGGCGGGCCUUCGUUCCUGCAGCCGCUGCUGCGGGCGUGUAUCGUGCGCGGCAUCGAGGUCGGCAACCGCAUCCAGUUCGAGGAGAUGAACCGCGCCAUCGAGGCGUUCAAUAUCCGGCCCGUGGUGGGCGAGCGGGUUUUUGGGUUUGGCGAGUUGAGGGAGGCGUAUACGCAUGUGUGGAAUCGGCCGGUGUUCGGGAAAGUGGUGCUGGCUGAUCAAGGUGGACGGGAAGUGUAGGGAUGCAUCUUGAUAUCUGGAAAUAAUCGUGCCCAGGGUAGGUUCAAAAGAGC